AUGUCGAAUUGGCCUUCUCCAAAUCCAGAAAUACAGCAUUUGUUGCGUAAGCUUCCAAAUGGAUCUGCUGGUCACCCUCCGGGUCCACUUUGGCAAGCCUUUAAUCCAAUUAAAAUUGAUAAGGAUAAAAAACCUAAAGCUCGUUGUAUAUUUUGUAAUCCUGAAAAACCCAUAUCUGGUACUGCAGCGAUCAUGAUUUCACAUAUUAAAAAAUGUGAAAAUGUUCGAACUUACCUUAUUAAUGCUUACAGCUUUCAACAAUCAGUUCAUUCCAAGCAUAACCAGCAAGAUAUUCGUCGAUUUUCAUCAGAUACAUCGAUUACACCUUCUAUGUCGAUUUCAAAUCAUAGUUCUAUUUUAGACCUUUCCAAUAAUAAUAUACAUAAUGAAUUUUAUUCAAAUACUAGUCAAAUGCCUACACAGUCAUCAGUUGAUAUAUGCAAAUCAAAUCAACUAUUAUUAGAGGCUAUUAUCGAAGGUGGUGCACCUUUUUCAUUUGUAGAUACACAAAAAUUCUGGGAAUUUGUUUAUUCUAUCAAUAAUUGGUAUCAUGUUCCAGCCAGGAAACAGCUUUCUAAUAAUAUUCUUGAUGGUGUUCAUGAAAAUGUUAAAGCCUCGAUUCAACAAUUUAUUUGUAAAUCAAACUGGAUCACUGUUGUAACAGACGGGUGGACAAAUAUUCGGCAAGACCAUCUUGUGAAUUUUGUUGCUAUUGGAAAAAAUCGUAGAUCAGAACUUGUUAAGAUUAAAGAUACAUUAGGAGAAAGUCAAACAUCAACUGUUAUACUUAAAGAUUUAGAGGAAGUUUUAAUGCAAAUUAGUAUUGAAAAGAUUAAUGCCGUUAUAACAGAUGGUGCUGCGAACUAUAUUCGUAUGAAAAAUAUGCUUGUUCAAAAAUAUCCCAAAAUUGUAGCUUUACCGUGUACUGCACAUGAAUCAAAUCUUUUGGUUUGUGAUUUAUUAAAGCACACAUAUAUGAAGUUAACCAUAAGUUUAGCUAUUAAAAUUAUUGUAUUUUUUCGAAAAAGUACACAAGCUAUUCAAUACAUUCGUGCUU